GCGAGUGCAAUGCUGUGCAGGCAGGCAGCGUUGUCGCAAGCUCGAGACAAUCUCCAACGAGCUCCAGUCCGCGUCGCGGGGGUUCAGCCUACACUCACAUGCCACCUGAACAGAACAUGCUCUUCCUCCACUUUAAUUUUUGGGAGGAAUCCAAGGAUGCUGAAGCACCGAAACUCCGACGCAAGCAUGCCAUCAUAAAUAGAAUACAUCCAGCAUGCCGUCCACAACCAUCUUUGGAGCCACGGGCCUCACAGGCUCGCACAUUCUGAGCCAGAUCCUGGCCGCCCCAACGUCUCCCCUUCAUCCCGUGACAACCAUCACCCGUCGCGCGCCCAAAUCCACCAACGACGCGCUCACAGCCACCGUCGAGGAGGAUACAUCAAAGUGGGCGCCUCUGGCCGCUUCCAGCUCCCCCGAGGUCGUCAUCAGCGCCCUGGGCACCACGCGCGCCGCCGCGGGCGGUGUGAAGAACCAGUGGAAGAUUGACCAUGAUCUCAACAUUGAGAUCGCCCGCAAGGCCAAGGAGGCCGGCGCCAAGACGUUUGUCUUUAUGAGCUCUGCGGGCACGCGCGGUCCGGGCCACACGUACAUGCCGUACUGCCAGAUGAAGAACGGCGUCGAAGACGCCAUCAAGGAGCUUGACUUUGAGCACGCCGUCAUCAUGAAGCCCGGCACGAUCCUGGGUCCGCGCGAGCACACGCGCGCGGCGGAAGGUAUGUGGCAGAAGCUCCUGGGCGGGCUGGGACAUGUGGCCCCCGGGGCGAAGAAUGCCCUGGGCCAGGAUGCGGAGGUUAUUGCCCGCGCGACGAUUCGUGCGACCGAGGCGGCCGUCCGGGGCGAGGCCAAGGAGAAGUUCUGGGUGGUAGACUCGAACGAGAUCCUCCGCUUGGGCAAGCAGGAUCCUGCCGCGAAGCCUGCAGAAAAUGUGAAGCAAUGAGUCUGGGGAAUUUGAUCGAAGCGUGGAGAUCUUGAGAGGCGGAUUCUUUGCCGCGGGAGAUCUGACAGCGUCUAGGACACAAGGCCGGAGGACGUGGCGCGUUCAUAUCUGUGUUUUGGAAGACAAGGUCUUUAUCGUGUGUUUUGUUCAUCGCGUAUGGAAGAGGACAAGACCCUCCACUCAAUGUAAC